CCAUGACUCCUGCUUGGUUUCGGCUACUUCCGGUCCGGCCUCCCCGCACUUCCGCCCGGCCGUGAGGGCAAAGGGAGAGUGGUUCCGGGGCACAGUGGCGCCAUUGCGGAGCGGCGGAAUGGAGAUGGAGCGCAUCGAGCUGCCGCCCCCCUCCCCGCGGGUGCUGCCGUUGGCGCUGCUGGAGCUGGGCUGUGCCGGCACCUUCGAGCUGCUGGUGGGACCCCCGGGGGGGGCGCGGGGACCCCCCCACCGAGCCACCCUCCCCCUGGGGGUCCCCCCUUUUGCCCCCUCCCUUGUUUCGGAGCUGGAGCAGCAGCUUUUGGGGUCCCCCGAGUGGCUGCCCCCCCACCAGCACGAGAGGGCCCAAAGGUCGUGGCUUCGGGCCCCGGAGCCCCGGAACCUGUUUGCCCUGGACCCGACCCCGGCUCUGGGGGGGCUCCGGGCUCAAAGGGACCCCAAAAGCGGCUCCUUGAAGGGCUUCACUGAGGAGCUGCUGCCCAAUGUGGGGUUAUCAGCCAAGAACUCGCUGUCGCUGCGGCGCCCCCCCGGCCCCCCCCAGGAGAAUCUAUGGGGCAGCUCCACCACCUUCCCCUUCUGGCCAGCGGGGCUGGAUGAGCCCAGCCUGGAGCAGCUCCGUGUCCAUGGGGAUGAAGAGGAGGACAUUGACUUCGACACUGACCUAUUGGUGACACCCCCAGGGCUGAAAAGGGGCGUCGAGUACAAGGCCUCAGUUGGGGGCCGGGGGGGGCCCUUAUCUCUCUCCAGCCUCCUUCAGACCCUCGAUACCUUCGACUUGGGGGGGGCUGAAGACGAGGCGGCAGAGCCCCCCCAGCCCGCCCUGGAGCCCCCCCCGGCCCCCCCAGAGGAGCAAUGGGCUGUGGCCAUUGACACCAGUGGCCCCGUGGAGGACUUUGAGCGGCUCGUGCCUGACCCGGCCUUUAAGUGGCCGUUUAAGCCGGACCCGUUCCAGCUCUGGGCCGUGCUGUGCCUGGAGCGGGGCCAGUCGCUGCUGGCGGCCGCUCACACCUCCGCGGGUAAAACCGCUAUUGCCGAGUACGCCAUUGCCCUGGCACAGCGCCACAUGGCCCGCUCCAUCUACACGUCUCCCAUCAAGGCUCUUUCCAACCAGAAGUUCCGGGAUUUCCGGAGCACGUUCGGCUCCGUGGGGCUGCUCACGGGGGACGUUCAGCUGCACCCCGAGGCCUCCUGCCUGGUCAUGACCACCGAGAUCCUGCGCUCGAUGCUGUACAAUGGCUCCGAUGUGAUCCGGGACCUGGAAUGGGUCAUCUUUGAUGAGGUGCAUUACAUCAACGAUGCUGAGCGAGGGGUGGUGUGGGAGGAGGUUCUCAUCAUGCUGCCCGAGCACGUGAAGCUCGUCCUGCUCAGUGCCACCAUCCCCAAUGCCCUCGAGUUCGCCCAGUGGGUCGGGCGCACGAAGCGGCGGUGCCUGCGGGUGCUGAGCACCCAGCGCCGGCCGGUGCCGCUGCAGCACUUCCUGUACACGGGGAACGGGCCCCGCACCCGGAACCAGCUCUUCCUGCUGCUGGACGCGCACGGGGCGCUCAGCACCCAGGGCUACUACGCCGCGGUGGAGGCCAAGAAGCAGCAGAGCAGCAAAUCGGGGCAGAACUUUGGGGCCAAACACCCCACGAUGGCACCAACCACCCCGGGCCAGGAGCGGGGGAUGUGGCUGGCGCUGCUGGGGCUGCUGCAGGAGCGGGAGCAGCUCCCUGUGGUCGCCUUCACCUUCUCGCGGAGCCGGUGCGAUGACCACGCCGCCGCCAUCGGCCCCAUGGAUCUGCUCAGCCCCACGGAGAAGGUGCGGAGCCGCCUCUUCUUCCAGCGCUGCAUCGGCCGCCUGCGGGGCCCCGACCGCCGCCUGCCCCAGGUGGUGGCCAUGGGGGAGCUGCUGCAGCGGGGGGUGGGGGUGCACCACGGGGGGGUCCUGCCCCUGCUCAAGGAGGUCGUGGAGAUGCUCUUCAGCCAAGGGCUGGUCAAGGUGCUGUUUGCCACCGAGACCUUCGCUAUGGGGCUGAACAUGCCGGCCCGAACCGUCGUCUUCGACUCCAUCCGCAAGCACGACGGGAGCAACUUCCGGGACCUGCUGCCAGGCGAGUACAUCCAGAUGUCAGGCCGCGCCGGGCGCCGGGGGCUCGAUCCCAUGGGAACGGUCAUCAUCCUGUGCCGGGGUUCUGUGCCCGACCUGCCCGACCUGCACCGCAUGAUGCUGGGGCGACCCACACGGCUGCAGUCCCAGUUCCGCCUCACGUACCCCAUGAUCCUGAACCUGCUGCGGGCGCAGGAGCUGCGGGUGCAGGACCUGCUGCGCAGGAGCUACGCGGAAUUCCCGCUGCGCAGGGAGCAGGAGGCCCAGGCUCGCCGCGUGACCGAGCUGCAGGGGGCGCUGUCGGCGCAGCCGAGGCUGGAUCCCGGAAGUGACGUCGGGCUCUACCAUGAGGUCGUGGGGGAGCUGCGGAGGAACCGGAAGGAACUAAUGCGGCGCCUGGCGGACUCGGUGUCGGGGCUGCGGGUGCUGGUGCCCGGGCGGGUGGUGGUGGUGAGCACCCCCCGGCACCGCAACGCGCUGGGGGUCAUCCUGCAGGUGACCCCCGCGCCCUCGGGCCGCACCUUCACCACGCUGGUGCUCAGUGAGAAGCCCCCCGAGGGGGGGGGGGAGCCCCCGGCCCCCCCCGACGCCCCCCACCCCGAGGAGCUGCUGCUCACCCGCCUCUUCCUGCCCGACGGCCCCUGUGGGCACGCUCUGGAGCAGCUCCAGGCCGAGGAUUUUGGGGGGGUCACGACCAAGAGCCUGCGGGUGACCCCCGAAACGCUGCUGCAGGAGCUGCGGCCCCGCCACCACCACAGAGACAGGCCGGCGCUGGGGGCGGCGCUGCAGGAGCUGCUGCGGCUGGCGGGGGGGGGGGCGGCGCCGGCGCUGCUGGACCCCGCCGGGAGCCUCCGGGACCCGCAGUCGCUGGCGGCGGCCGCGCGGCUCCGGGAGCUCAGCUCCCGCCUGGGGGCGUUCAGCUGCGUGCACCGGCCCCGCUUCCGGGAGGAGUACGAGCAGUUCGGGGCGCGCCGGGCGCUGCAGCAGCAGCUCGAGCAGCUCCAGUUCCAGCUCUCGGACCAGUCCCUGCUGCUGCUGCCCGAGUACCACCAGCGCCUGGCCGUGCUGCGGGCGCUGGGGUACGUGAGCGAGGGGGGCGCGGUGGCGCUGGGGGGGCGCGUGGCCGCGGGGCUCAGCACCCACGAGCUGCUGGUGACGGAGCUGCUGCUGGGGAACGUGCUGGCGGCCCUGAGCCCCGAGGAGAGCGUCACCCUCCUGGCCUGCCUCGUGGGGCCGGGGGGCCCCCGCCAGCCCCCUCCCCGCAUCACCGCCCCCCUGGAGCAGGCCGUGCAGCAGUUGGUGGCCGUGGCUCAGCGCCUGGCGCGGCUGCAGCAGGAUUGUGGCCUCAGCACCAGCCCCGAGGACGUGGAGCAGCAGCUCAGCUUCGGCCUCAUGGAGGUGGUGUACGAGUGGGCCCGCGGCGUGCCGUUUGCGGACAUCCCGCGCCCGGCGGGGGUGCAGGAGGGGACGGUGGUUCGGUGCAUCCAGCGCCUGGAGGAGAUGUGCCGGGAGCUGCGGCAGGCCGCCCGCAUGGUGGGGGAGCCGGCGCUGGCCGCCAAGAUGGAGGCGGCCUCCACCAUGAUCAAGAGGGACAUCGUCUUCGCCGCCAGCCUCUACACGCAAUAAAAGGCCUCAAGGAAAACCCCCCCC